AUGGCAUCGGUAGCAAUCAUUGGGAGCUGCGAUACCAAGCUGAAAGAGCUCCUCUUUCUUCGCGACCGUAUCAAAGAGACAUCAGGCGUCGGGACGAUUCUCAUUGAUGUUGGACGAGACUCUUGUGUCGACGAUGCCAUUGCCAUCUCUCAGGCCGAGCUUCUGUCCAAGUACAACAAGGGAACCAGCACAGACAUAUCUGGCUUGACCAGGGGCGACUUCGUCUCGCUCAUGUCUGGUUGUGCUUCCCAGGCCGUGAAAGAACUAUACACCAAAGGCCUGAUCCAUGGCAUCGUUUCCGCCGGCGGCUCCAACGGAACAGCGCUCUCAGCUGCCGUCAUGCGCGAUGUCCUUCCUGUCGGAUUCCCGAAGCUCAUUGUGUCGACCAUGGCGAGCGGCGACACGCGGCACAUCGUUGGCGAGACAGACAUUAUGCUGAUGCACUCUGUCGUCGAUGUUGCCGGCAUGAAUCCCAUCCUGCGAGACAUUCUGAGCAAUGCAGGAGCUGCAAUUGCAAACGCUGCUCUGUCAUACGCCACCAGACAAGAGAGGAAAGCAACAGACGCAGCGGCAGAGUCGAUAAAGAAGUGGCGAGUGGGUAUCACCAUGUUUGGUGUCACCACGCCUGGCGUCGAUGCCAUUCGCUCCCACCUCGAGACCAACUACCCUGUCGAGACAUAUGUCUUCCACGCCGUCGGCACGGGAGGACGUGCAAUGGAGCGGCUGAUCCGCGAAGGCCAGCUGGACGCAGUCAUUGACCUCACGACGACGGAGGUUUGCGACCACUUGUUUGAAGGCGUUCUCUCUGCCGGAGAGGGACGACUAGACGCUGCCGUCGAGGCAGGCCUGCCGAACAUUGUUUCUCUAGGCGCGCUCGACAUGGUCAACUUUGGACCGAGAAGUACAUUGCCCGAGAAGCACGAGGGAAGGGUCAUAUAUGAGCACAAUCCAAACGUCACUUUGCUGAGGACGUCACCGGCCGAGUGUCGCGAGAUUGGCGAGUUCAUUGCCAGGAAGCUCAGCAAGUCCAAGAGCCCCGACUUGAUUCAGGUUUGGAUCCCAAAAGGAGGCGUCAGCAUGAUUGCGGUCCCUGGAGGCCCGUUCGAGAACAAAGAGGCAGACAAGGCGCUGUUUGAGGCUAUAAGGAAAGGGUUGAGUGGGUGUGGUAUUGAGAUUGUGGAGGAUGAGAGACAUGUGAAUGAUGAAGGGUUUGCGAGGGACAUUGCAGAGGCACUGGUUGCAAAGCUGGGAGUACAGAGGAGCUGA